UUCGGUUUGCAAACACUAUUAUUCGCCCGAGUGUCGGAAGAGGGACGCAGAAAGAACGAAGAGGGGUCAAUAAAGGUGAACAUGGAGAGAUACCACACAUGUGCCUGAUCUAUAAGUGACGGCUGUGUGAGGCUUGGUGGGAGGCGGAGAGGAUGACGAACUGUAAGGUCGCCAGGUCGGGAGCGCACAUGUGGGGACGUCUUUUCUCAUGACCGAGCGCACGCAUGUCGCCUUUGCUGCACGGAGCGCAAAACAGCGAGCGAUCGUUGGCCGCUUUCUUUGGGACGGUUCGAGAACCUGCGGCCUGCGCGGGGCUCCGGUUAUACCGCAAUGCCACACGGGCCGAGAUGAGGGAGAGGCUGCGAGCCGGCGGGGAGGAAGAGGAGGACGCGUCUGCAGGCAGCAAAUGAUGCGAAAAGGGAGGAUUUAAAACGAGCCGAGUCGAUGUUUUACCCGGCUUUAAAGUUGUGUUUUUACUCGGACUGAACAGGAAAGUGGCACAAGGUGUACUCUGCGCUGCAUGGACUGAGACUCCGCUGCGUCGACUCGAACUGUCUCAGCAGCAGCAGCAGCAGAGCUCAAACGUCAAGUGGGGUGAGUGCUGUUGUUGUGUAGAGAGCUGCUCGACUCUCAGCUUUCUGCUGAUCAAGUUCUUGGACUCGCUGACCGGUCUGGACAUUACGCAGGAACCAUCGCACCUGCCAGGGGGUCAGCUUGAUGCAUGAAUUGUAACACAGUCAUGCCAGCAUUUACACCAAUUCCUCUUCUACUCUUCUGUGUUUCUGCCUGCACAAUUUGUGAUAUGAACUCAGUGCACAAGUAAACAUCUUCACAUCCUCCACACACACACACACACACACCCACACACACACACACACACACACACACACACACACACACACACACACACACACACACACACACACGCGCGCACCCCUAGACAAGCCAACCAUGCCCUCACCUUCAGACUCCAGCAGUGUGGCUUCAGCCUCUGGAUCUCGCGGUUGGUCUGACAGUCGCAGAGGCAUGUCAGGCAGGGGGCCCGGUGGGGCCCGUCUGCUGCUUUACCUGGGUUUGUGCCACCUGGGGCUGGGAGCCAUGGUUCUGGCCUUCUCUUUCACCAGCAUGGCCUUCACCUCAUCCGCACGCGUCCGGCAGUCCUGUCCAUUCUGGGCUGGCUUCUUUGUGGUGGCAUCAGGGAUAGUGGGAAUAAUCUCAUGGAGAAGACCUCUAACACUGGUGGUGUCACUGUUCAUGUUGCUGUCUGCAGUGUGUGUGAUCCUCAGCCUGGCCGGCUCUAUGCUCUCCUGUCAGAACGCACAGAUGGUCAAGUCAAUGCUCAACUGCCAGGUGGAGAAUGGUCUCUGUGUGUGCUGUGCAGGCACUCAAGCCUGCUCCAUGGCAGAUGAGGAUACCCUGGUUCUGUCCCUGAAUGGUGACUGUCACUCAGUCAAACAUCAGUUAAAGGACCUCCUGUUCAGUGCGUGUGGUCUCAGCAUUCUCUCCACCAUCAUUUGUACGCUGUCCACUGUGACUUGCAGUAUCCACAUAUUCUCCUUGGAUCUCGUGCACCUGCUUGCCCCUCAUCGCUCCCGCUCAGUCAACCCAGAAUGCACCACUCCGCAAGACGCCUUCCUGACCAACAUCAUGGACUUUGAGGAGUUUGUCCCCCCAAUUCCUCCUCCUCCCUACUAUCCCCCUGAAUACACCUGCAGCUCAGAGACAGAUGCUCAGAGCAUCACGUAUAAUGGCUCCAUGGAGAGUCCUGUCCCUUUGUACCCCACUGACUGCCCUCCUCCCUAUGAAGCUGUAAUGGGCCAAAGAGCUGCAAGCCAGGCAACAGUGUUUGACGCCCAUGGUACUGAGCUGUCUGGAGAGAGAGGGACCUCUACAGCCUUUAGCGGAGAAGUAUCUAUGGAUAGCGGUUCUCUGUUAAUGUCAGAGAUUGUGGACAUCCCUGAUGAUUCCUCCCCCUCUGAAGACUCAUGUUUGAUGGAGGUUGGGAUAAGGAGCCAUGGGGGCAACAGGCCCUGUGCUGACAGGAGCGACGGCUUCUUCCGUGGUCCACAGUGUCAAACACCAGAGAGUCCGCUGGCAGGAGGUCCGAGGGCAAGACGGUUCCUCAGAGGGGAAAGGUCUAAUUCCUGCUCCUCGCCUAGCACAGCUACCAAUACAUACAGGUCUCCUGUGCUGCACCGCCAGGCUGUGUUAGCUAGCAGCUGUUCCCAGCUGGAAGCAAUAGGAAACUCUCCAAGUCAACAGCAGCGUUUCAUCCCAGAGAUUCAGGUGAAUCUCACCGACCCCUCAAACCAGGAAGCUGCCCCGGCCUCAUCUGUUCCCCCUCCACCAUCUUCCUCAGCAGCCUGUGAGCACGGGAACGGACUGCUCCCUCCUCACGGGGCCCUUUACCUUCGACAAAGGGCUGAGAGAAGUGACAAACACGGAGGGACUGUUAGAAGACAGAGUGAAGGCUUUUUACGCCUUGUGAGGUCGCACAGUGAGCCAGGCCUCGGCUCUUCAACAGACACAGUUGACUUUGGGUCCGGAGGCAGCAAGGCAUCUACAGACACAGCUCCAUCUUCCGAAGCUUGUUUGUUGCCUCGGUCUUCUGUGGCUCCUCCUUCUGCUAUGCCAAGCAAAGGUGGCAUUAAGACAGCAGCCACAGGUGUGCAAAUCCCCCCAAAACCUGCACCCACCUCACCUAUACGUAUACCUAAAGACUACCACCGCUCUCUGGGAGACCUGAAGGUUACCCGAGUUCUGGUGGCUCGCUUCUUGCAGCGCUCCAAACGUAACCUGGGGCCACCCUCUGAGCAUGCUGGGAGCAUAGGUCAGGGGCCAAAGAGGAGAAGUGGAGUUGAGACAGCUGGCUCUGACCACCUGUCUUCUGAGCAAGUCUCGCGGACCCCUUGGAGCUCCAGCCGCGGACACCCCAACACUCACUCCCGUCACCCUCACUGCCGGGGACAUCACCAUUCCCACAGCGACAGUAGGCACAACCGGCACUACAGCGGUCGAGCGCCAGAAGGGAUCCACCUGCGCAGCUGCGGAGAUCUGAGCUCCUCCACUUCGUCGUUGCGUCGACUGAUGGCGCCUCACGCGCCUCAUGGGUCAUCGGGAGCUCUCUAUUCAGAGUCUGCGCUGUGACGAGAAAAGGAGGGCGAAGGAGGAAAGAGGAAGACAAGAUAGCACGAUUUUGACAAAAGUGAAAACAUUCAGAAUUUAUUUUUCGAAAGUCUUCCCCCCUUUUCCUCUUUGUCGCCUCCAUUUCCAGAGGUCAGCUGUGAAAACGGCUUUGCUUCAGAGGAGCUUCUGAUGGACUGAACAUCAGCGCAGAGCUCCAGCUUUCUUUACGAACAAGGAGAACAGUGAUCAAGGUUGAAUGACCAUUUCCAGUACAAUUGCAUUUCUUCUUUUGCAACAUUGUGGGUUCCAAUAUGUUUCCCAUCUUUUUUUCUACAUCGCUGUUAGACCACUUUGCUCAAGUGACGAGAAAUACCACCAAAAGCAGUCAGCUGAAUACAGUGUCUCACAAAAGUAUUCAUACCUUGGAUUCCAAUCAUCCUUAUUUCCUCAGAUGACAGUCUGAAGAAAAUAGUGUACACUAUUUCUCAGUGCCUCUAAGUCAGCACUUUGUAGGUCCACCUAUUACUGAAAUUGCAGCUUCCAAAUUUAGUCAAACUGGAUGGGGAGAAUUUGUGAAAUCCUCCUGAAGCUCCCGAUUUUUGAGCCCUUUGCAGAGCAGAACAUACUGUAUGUGUAUAAUAUUAAGAAAACUUUAGAUAAUGUUCACUGAUUGUUGAUAAAUAAACUGCUAGGUAAGGUUUUCUGGCCUUGGGCUCGUAGAAACAAUAAAUUACAGAUAAGAAAUUCUCUAUAACGCUACUGGAACAAAAUUAAACAUGUUUAGAAAAAAAUCACAAAUUGGCCUCGAUGUGUUGUUUUGGCAAAUAAACAAGUAGCAGACAUUUCUUAAUGACUUUACCAGAACGUCCUAAUGCCCCCUUAAAACAUUUUCUUCUGUUGUAAACAACAGACAACACCAAAUAAACCUACUGUCAUGGAGAGCCUUAAUGCAUGGCACUGGAAGGCGAUCCAGGUUUUUGUCUUUCAAACUCAUUCUUGUGAACAGCGAUGCUGCUAUAAUGAUAAAUUUACAAUAUAUUGUUCAGCUCUACUUAUUGCUGACUCAUGUUGGACUCUAUUCACCUAUCAAAUGACUUCUGAAGAGUGUUGAACUGCACUCUAAUUAGGGAUAUGACUAUAAUUGUACAACACAUUUUUCAGAUUUUUAUUUGUAAGAAAGUUUGGAAACCAUGCAUCGUUUACCUCCUACUUCACAAUCAUGCACUAGUUAGUCUCGGUCUUUCACAAAACAUUCACAGAAAAUUCAUGAAAUAUCAUGUCGAAAAAAAAAUUAAAUGGGGUGUGAAUACUUUUGGAAGCCUCUAUAUAAUGUACCAUAAGAUGUACCAAUGAGUUUGCACUUGAGGACAAAUGCUAUUACAAAGAAAAUCCUAAAUCAGCUUGAUUUUAUUCUUUCCCCCCCUUUAUCUUAAGUUAUUUUUCACCAAUUUGACAGUGUUCGCCUAAACAAAGCAGCCAGCAUUCCUUACAGAGACACCACAGACAUGACUCCAGUGGUUGUUGAAUUGUACCAUGGUGCGUGUGACAUGCACACAAAGAGGUGCAUGUUUUUGCUACAGCUGCAAUACUGCGGGAACCUUGUGCAUUUGAUUCUGCCUGUCCAUGUAACUAAGUAGCAAUUGCUCUGAAUGUCUUUAUCUGCAUGUUUGCUUCUUUAUUCUGUUUUUCCUCCUGCACACAGGACCUUCGAUGCAGCCACUUGAAAUGUUAGUUGAGGUUAGGGACAAAGUCACCUGCCAGGUGGCUCCACACUGGCCUCUGGACCUUGGCUUACUGGAGGAAGAUCCUUGUCAGAUGUGAACUGCUUUGAGAGGCUCUUGCAGUAAAUGUAUCAUGAAUAUCUGGAAUGCACACAGUGUUGUUACAUUUUGGCUGUGCAGUGGUUGUUUAAAGAUGAUUAAAUGAGGAAACAAACAACUAUAGAAGUGUAUAAACACAUUUAUAUCAGACUGAAUUUUUAAGCUGGACACACCGAUGUCAGUGAAGGCGCAUUUUGGGAACAUGCAAGUAUGCAUCUACACUAGUAAACACAAAAACAGACACACUCGGAAAGGCAACAAGAUUUGUUUCUACCUCCUGUCUUGCAUUAAAUUUUAUUCAUUUAAGCCUCUCAGGCUCAAAUUACUUGCAAAGACUAGCUAAGCAGCAUUUAGCUGUUGCAAAUCUGCAACAUCUGCCUGGAGAGGGUUAAAGAGACGUCUGUAUUGCAGGCCCACCUGGCUAAAACGUGUCACUGAAUGAUAAAUGUACACUAAAUAUGACACUUAUUUGAAAUUUAAAUGCAUUGUUGAUAGAUAAACUUUUAUUGUAAGUAAUGUACUUAAAUAUAUGAAAUAAAUAAUAGAAA